AUUGACCUUACCACGAGGCUCUGAAGAGUAGCACACCUCCGCAAGAUCCAAGUUCUGGGCGACAUACCUGUUUUAAUCGCAGUCAUGAAGAAAGGACCACCAUUUGUGAACAUCCCCUGCUGCUGGCCAUGCUGUUGCUUCAGUCGGAGAGUCGAACAGCAACCAGAGACGGAGCCAUCUCAGCUCGAGCAGGCUAGAUCGCAAGAAGAUCAUCCAAGAGACGAGAUUCCUGUCAAAGAAGAGACGCUGCCUGAGCUUCCGGAAAAGACGGUCCAGCGCGGUCGCCAGGAGCUGGAAGACCCUCGAUCACCAGUCAGCGAUGAUGCCUCAGUCGCUAGCACGGCUAUCAAUACGGCGCUGAGAUUUCCUUCACCAGCUAGGAGCGAGACUCGACCUAGCCUAGAGACUCUGCCUGAGGAUGACCAAAGAGCGGCACCCCCGAGCUAUGAAAGUGUUUGGAAUGAGAAGAGAAGAUAUUGAAAAGAAGUCUUCUGCAAUAGAAAAAACAGAAGAACAUAUACACUGUUUGACGCCGGACGAUAGUAAGGAAUUGGGUCGAUUGACGAGUGACUGAGCAAUCCCGAGUUCCCCGGUCAACCUUCACCUCCGCAAACAAAAACUAAAUUAGCCCGAACAGUUGAGCUCAGCUUGAACACAAUGGAUCCACGAACUUUCACAUGAUGGCAAAAAAUAUUUCUUCCGAUGCGGGGAAUUGAACUGGACACCGCGUUAGGCUGCCUUCAAUCACGCUCAAGUCAUGGAUCAUCACUCACCCCCGGUCUCCGGAAUGCUUCUGAGGCCUCAUGAGAGGCCUGCUGAGAAUCCGAAAUGCUAGCCACUGCGCCACAGGUCAGCGAAUGUGGCAGCGAUGGCGUUCAGUGUGGAAGUUGCCACUUACCUACACCACAUCGGAUCUUGCCAAUUUGAUGGAGUGGCGAAGAACAUACUCGUACUUGAAGUUUAGAAUGAAGCUCUGGGGUGCCAAAAGGCUGACUGGAUGGUAUUGGGAGGCGUUGGAGGGGCAUCUCAAGGUGCUUCUUUCGCCAGAGGCCAAGGAUGAGGUCUGGGAGGAGUUUUGGGAAGGGAGGGAUGAGAAUGAGAAUGAAGGUGGGGAUGGGGAUGGAAAUGGAAAUGGGUUGGAAAGGGGAAGAAGGAUGACAAUCUGAAGUAGGAUAUUGUGGAAUUCGGUUGUGGAUGGUCUCUUAGAAGCACCCAUCAAUGUUGAGACUAAAGCGAUGGAGGCGACUGACCAUGCGAUUGUUCCGAUAUGGAGCGAAGGUGGUGAAGGCGAACUGUGUUAUGAAGCUGAAGUUUCAUAUUUGAGGUUGGCCUCCUUUCAUCCCUGCUUACCAAUUCGUAAGCGAAAGCUC